AAGAAGCUUCAUUUCCUCUCAGUGGAAAACAAAACACCAUACAACUAACUACCUGCAGACUGGUCACCAUCUGGAACUAGGAAUCAUCCAGGUUUCUUCACUGCACUGUGUGUUGUCACAGUGAUUUUAAUAUUAGUUUGUUUAUUCCAAAUGUGACUUUUUUGCUGCUGCUGUAGGUGCUGAGCCGAAGAACUGUGUUGAUACGCCUCUGUCUGAAAGGCGUUAAGCUGGCAACAGCUUGUCUUUACUGAUGUCUGUGAUAGGAGUGACUUGGAUGUUGACAGUGUGUAAUUCCAUUGCUGGGCCACCUAUAAACCUGAAUGAUCUGGGAGCUAUAUGUUUCCUUGUGUAAAAGAAACUGUAGUUUCUAAAUGUCUGCAGCACAAUCAACAGUGCUCAUGAUUCCAGCGAAUUGUGAACCAGGAGUACCGGGGGCACAGAGGGAGAAUUUUUUUGGUGUGUUUUUUUAACUCUGUUCUCUCUGUUGACCUAAUCCACAAGUAUUCUUCUGUAUUUCACUUUCCAUAUUUGCUUCGAACAAUAUCCUUAACGUUACUGAACACAGAAUGUUCUCAGAGGAUGUAACGAUCCUUUUGCUUUAUGUAGUUAAUUAUUCCACAAUGGUUUCAUUGGUUUCAAAUGGAAGAAGUAUUCACAUCAUCAAUAAAGAUAAAAAUAAUCCAUUCAAAAAAAAAAGUCGUCCAUUAAGAAAUCCUACUUGAGUAAAGGUACAUGAGUGAUAGCAGAAAAAUGUAGAUAACAUCUUAAAGUAAAAGUCUUGGUAUGGGUUCUGUGAAAUAUUUUUGGAUGUGCCAUCAUUAGAUUGAUAAUAGUAAAGCAUUAGUGUGUCUGUAGCAUGUUAUUGUUGUAGCUGCUGCUUGAUUUACUUUAUAUCCAGCAGAUAAAUGUGAAGGUUUGGAACAUGAUGAAUGGAGAGUAGCUGAUGUUCUGACUGUUGGGGAUCUUCAGAUCCCCAACAGUCAGGAUCUGGAUUUCUUCAGAUGUCCCAACAAUAAACUACUGCUUAAAUAUUAUUUUUAUGCACAAUAACAGUAACAAGAAUAGAACAAUGUCGUACUACAGGUAAUAAAGACAGGGCAAUAAUUCAGAAGUACAAAGUCAGCAUUCGAGUAAAACAUUAAAUGACAAUAUGAAGUUAUGAACAUUAACCUUAAUUUCUUUUGAAAAGAUUUUCCUUUGAACACUUAAAAAAUUACACUGUGAGGCCAUUGUGUUACAGUAAGAUAAGCAUAAAACUACUAAUAUCCCUGUUUAGCUGCGAUAGAACCGUCAGAGCCAGCAGCAGAUUAUAAAAGGCUUGCUGAGAUAAGGCUGCUCUCGGCGGCUACUAUGACCAUCCAGUCAUAGCUAUCUAACCUGGUCACUCACAUCUCCUGAAAACGCUGGAGCAAAUUUUUAAUCUUGAUAAAUUGACCACAGAUUUGACGUUUAUACAACUACUUUCUCGUCUGGAAUCAUCCGAAAACUACAUUUUGUAUCAUAAUAACAGUAGUAUUCCCAAAAAAAAACCUGUGUUACCUCUGAAAGUUUUCUCCUCUGCCUUUGCCGCUGGUCGUCACGAAAUGCAUUAUGGGAUAUUUGGCUGCCCCAAGUCCACACAAGGGCCUGAUGCAUCCUCCAUAAUGUGGCCUGAGUGAGAACACAUCCGGGUAUUCCAUCCGUUCUUCCCCAGAUGCGUACUUUGAAUUAGAACAAUAUUGGUCUCCAACUGAUGAUGUUUCACAAGUUUGCAAGAACACAAGCAUGCAUAUUGAGAAACGGUCUAUGUGUUGUUUUCUAAAAUUUGUUAAAUGAUCCAUUGUGUCAUAUCUUUAUUGCCAAAGUAAAGCCGUCUGAUAAAAGUAGUGGAGUAGAAAGUGCAGCAUUUCCUUCUGAAAUGUGGUGGAGUGAAGGAACAGUGUAGCUGAACAUGGAAAGUGAAGUAAAAUUGCAAACUACUUGAAUAGACAGACUUUGUUAACUUACUCAUACAUUUUUCAACAUUUUUUCUCAUACUUAUUUGUCAUUGUGGAAUGCUAGAGUUAAUAUAAAAAGCUCAUCUUAUUGGACACUUGGCAAAGUCCUCGUCUUCCUCAUCCCUCUAGUUUAUUUCUCCUCAGAUCUGCAUGAAUUGUGAAGGUAACAUAUCUAGAUAUCAAAACAGCAACUUUCGUUAAAGGGUGAGGAGUUUGCUUAUCUGUCUGAUUUCUCAAAACUUACAUUUUUUUUUAGCACAGUUGAUAUUUUUUUGGACUGACAGUCAUGUUUCAUGCCAGUAUAAUCCAUAGCAGUGCUCCAACUGUAAGACAUCUAACACUGUCUAUUUAAAAACUAAAUGAUGCUUUAAUUCUACAACUGAAAUAGCUCCCAUUUGGCAACUCUACCAGUGAGUGUGAGCAUAAACCACAGCAGAACUAAAAGGUGCUUUUCCUGAACUAAAGUGACCUAAGAGUUGCCAUGUUCCUCCUCAGGAAGAGAAAUUCUUUUCUUUUUUGGGCUCAAUAAUAAAUGAAAAAAAAAUCAGACUUCCUACUUCUUUCUCGUCCCUGUUAGAGUAGAUGUCCAUUAUGAAAGAAUGAGUCAUCCUUUAAGAGUUAAAAGAGCAGUACUGAUUUCUGAUUACUGCAGCCAUGUCACUGGUUUCCUCCUUGAAACCACAUUCCAGCACCAAAAAAGAACAGGUGAGAGUAGCUGCAGUCAGCAUGGGUUCACUUUGAUUCUUUGAUUUACUGGGUCAAAACUCAUCGUUGUGUCCUGAUGGUGAGAAGGAAUGUUUGAAUGCUUGGAAAAUGCUGGCUUCUGUGACACAUAAGACCAUAGUGAUGACUGAGAUUGUUUUUUUUUUUUCAUGUUGUGGACCCAAAAAAGUUUGGAAAAGAAUGUCAGACUGAGAGAAAACUAAAUAAGUUGAGCAUCAAUGAGGCUGGGCUGCAGCACAGAAGUAGACGUGGUGUGUGUCGUGCAGCUGGUAGGACGGGACAUCCAGCACCUGGCUUUCAUUACACAGCUUCCUCUCACGCUGACAGAGGAAGUGUUUUUCAUUUUAUUGGAGUGCAGUCACACCCAGCUCAUUGGAAGGUUCAGUGUAUCAGUGCUGCAUGCUGCAUGUCAGACUCCAAGCACAUGAUCUGGAUUAGCUGUUGCCAUGCACGCUGAAUACUUUGGACAUAUUCACACACUGACUUUUCUCUUCAGAGUUCCACUGCUGAUUACUCCUCCUUUACUUCCAUCCGUGUUUUGUGUUUCAUUUCGGAUUUUCUGUGUCCUCAUUUCCUCAUAGUUGUUAUUGUAAUCAGAAAACCUAAUCAGAAAUUUGCCCCUACUAUUUUAUUGUUGCCCAUUUGAACCUUAACCUCCUAUGCUACUACACUACUCUAUUUAGGUUAGCACAGUACUAAUUCAAACGGUGUGUAAAAGCCUCUUUUGGAGAAAAGCAGCAGUAUGAAGUCAUGUCUCACAUGUGAGAGCUGUGAUCCAGCAGUGUGUUUUGGUCUUUCUGAAUGUGGUUAAUAACAGCGCCUCCUGCUGCCCAGACAGUGAACGUACACCCGUUGAGCCGAAUUCUCCAGGAAUGAGAGGCAUGUGGAAACUGUUGGCCCCAAUAAUCUGAUAGGAGCCCUAGAGGAGGAGCUGGAGGUGUGUGUGGGUGUGUAUUUCCAGGUGGGAUUUACCCCUCUGGCUUGUUAUGAACUUUCCAGUAGAAAUAGUGUACCUGGUAUUCUCCAGGUACAGUGAUACAGCUGUGUAUGGGAUGUUCUAAUGUUCUUAUUAAUGUAAUUAGAUUAAAGGCAGGUAAUGAACAGAAUGAAACGUGGCUUUCAGCAUGCCUUUCGCUUUACUGUCCCUCUCCUUCUGUAAUAGUGAAACUAGUGUUGCAUUUGUGUUUGCUUUUUUUCCCUUUUUCUCCAGUUAAUGUACAGUUUUCACCAAUCACAGAUCUCCUUCACAAGUUCUUGGUUCCUGCACAGGGCAGCUGGACACUUUAUCAGAAUUUAUUUCUCAUUCAUUCAAGGAUGUUGGUGCUUUGCAAAACAGCAUAUGUAAAUUUUUGCUAACACAUGAAGUCUUCUGUAAUGCACUUUUUUAACAUUCAUUUUGUCAUUCUUAACCAUGCUUUGUCAUCAAUUACAGUGAUUGUAAUAUGGAGUUUGUCUUGACAAAGUUAUAGUCAAUCCUAAUGAACCAAAACAUUGAGUAUGUGAAGCGACUGUUCAUUCUGCAGCACAAACAUAACUUUGAUAGCUUCACUUUUAACAAGGUGAUGCAGUUCAUGUGGGCAAGCAAUGAAAAAUCUCUGGACCAAAGAUAAAGCAGACAUAAAUGUUGAUAGAUAGGUUAUUAGUCAAACCCUGGUGUUCUCAUUGUCUGCUGGUGUGUGUGCGUACCAUGUGUGUAGAACAACCCGCUGAUGGAUGAGCGAGAUGAACAGAUUGUCCGGAGAGUAAAGCGCAGAUCCAGGCGGUUUUCCCAGAAACCGCUCCAAGAGGAGCAACUGCCACAACAUCUUCCCAAACACGAUAAGGACACGUCUCACAAGGCAGCCUCUCAGCUCAACACUGCUCAGCUAAAGGAACCCAAGCCAAGUGCAGAAGCAGCAGUAGGACAGAGACAGAAAGCCACAACUGUAAGACCAGCUGAUAGGUCAAAGGGUCUGACUGGAGUACAGAGUCCACGACAGGCUGUAAAGCCAUCAAGGCCUUCAUCCUUUCUUGUCCACCUCACCAAAGCCAACCAGAUCAGCUUUAGCCCUAUAUGUGACAUCUCACCCACUGAAACUGAGAAGUCAGACCAGUGUGGAUCUACGCUGGGCAGCAGAUCUACAGAGGAGUGUGUCCCCCCAGAUGUCCUGCUGCCACACAGACACAGGCAGCAGAAAAUCACCAGCUUUCUGUCCACAUGCAGCCCUGUGAGGACGAUGGACUGUGUGUCUGCACUCUCCAAGGAUGUGUUGGUCAGACAGGUUAGACUGAAUGUUGCAGGGCAGACACUGGGAUCUGUGUCACACUCACAAAGUGGUUUGGGAGUAGACAUGGUGGCUGGCCCUGCAUUUUGUAUGAAGUAGUCACAUGGUGACAAGUGUUUAAUGUUAGGCAGAGAGCCCUCUACUGGUUCAAACCCUGCAGCUACAGGUUUUUCAUCAGAAUCCACUAAAAGUCUUGAGCAACAAGAAACUUGUUCAAGUGCACUGGUGAGAUGUAUUGUCAUGUAAAUCAUGUUCACUAUGGCUGAUUUUUCU